AUGUCCGAGGCUCUGCUCACGGGGCAGACGUCCGAGGACCUGUUGGCAGACUUCGAGACUCUGCUGAACUCCGGGAGCAUCGACCUGGGCGCCGACCACCAGAUCGUGAUCAUCACCAGCCCGGGCAAUGAGGGGCUCCACCCGGCCGCGGCCCCCAGCAGCACCGGGGAGAUCCUGCUAGCCUCAGGCUUCCUGUGUGCUUGGGCUUCCUGUGUGACGGCGCCCGUCUCCCAUCAGGUGAAGAGAAAGCUGGACCUGGACAGCGACCACCAGUACGUCAGCACCACUCGGCCCUCCACAGGCCAGGCCCCGCCCUCCACUCCAGCCCCCCCCCGAGUUCCCCGGAGCACGGCGGAGAAGUCCCGCUACGACACCUCCCUGAACCUGACCACCAAGCGCUUCCUGAACCUGCUGUCCCAGUCGGCGGACGGCGUGGUGGACCUGAACUGGGCCUCGCAGGUGCUGGACGUCCAGAAGAGACGCAUCUACGACAUCACCAACGUCCUGGAGGGCAUCCAGCUCAUCUCCAAGAAGUCCAAGAACCACAUCCAGUGGCUUGGGAACCGAGUGGACGCCAGCCUGGUUUCGCGGCACAAGGCUCUGCAGAGGGAGGUGUGCGACCUGACGGAGGCGGAGGAGCAGCUGGACCAGCUCGUCUCCAAAUGCAACCUGCAGCUGCGGCUGCUCACCGAGGAGCCGCAGAACAAGAAAUAUCCUUUUGCUUGGCUCCUCAGGCUGGGCUACGUGCGCUGCCAGGACCUCCGGCAGUCCUUCGACUCCCCGGACCAGCUGGUGAUGGUGAUCCGGGCCCCCCCCGAGACCCAGAUGCAGGUCUCCGAGCCCAGCGAGGAACAACAAAAAAAUAAAAAGCUCUUCACUUUUUUCCCGGAUGCCGACAUGGCGCUUUGA